AUGACGUCACCGAUAGCAAUGGCGACCUUGAGGACGCAGCUGCUGCUGCUGAGGCUGUCGAAGACGACGGCGGCGGCGGCGUCUCUCGGGGUCCCGAGGCGCUCGGCGGCCUCCCGUCUCGGCCCCCUCGCAGGCGGCACGGCCACACGGCGGGGCCUCGCUCAACACACCGGGCUCCCGGGAGCCGUCGGGGAGCGGCUGUGGGGCUUGGGACGCCUCAACCACGUGGCGGUGGCCGUGCCCAACCUGGAGGCGGCUACGCGGCUCUACAGGGACGUGCUAGGCGCACAGGUGAGUGGCGUCGUGCCGUUGCCAGAGCACGGUGUCUCCACGGUGUUCGUGGACCUGGGCAACACCAAGAUUGAACUCCUGGAGCCGCUGGGAGAUAAAAGUCCCAUCGCAGGCUUCCUGGCGAAAAACGCCAGCGGGGGUCUGCACCACGUGUGCCUUGAGGUGGACGACUUGGCGGCGGCGCUGAGUGCCGUGCGCGCCAUGGGGGUGCGCCCCCUGGGCUCGGAGCCCCGCUUGGGCGCGCACGGAAAACCCGUCAUCUUCCUGCACCCCAAGGACUGCAGCGGCGUGCUCGUGGAGCUUGAGCAGGCGUAGCCGGGGACACGGUGGGGGGGCGGAGACACGGUGGGACACGGUGACCGGAGGUGAGGUGGGAGACGGUGGGGACACGGGUAGAGACAUGGAGGUGAGGUGGGAGACGGUGGGACACGGGUAGAGACACAGAGGUGAGGUGGG